AUAUCGAUUCAUCGAUAUUUGCAUUCGUAGCCUUGUCAUCCCAUCUCCAGAUUGGUGAACAUAUUUUUCGCCUACUUCGAUUGCAACGCACUGCCAAAGAUAAAGAGACAUGACUGAUCCCAGCAAGAUCGCCGUCGCCGUGGUCUGCUCCUCGAACAUGAACCGCUCGAUGGAGGCGCACAACUUCCUGGCCAAGAAGGGCUUCAACGUGCGCUCCUACGGCACCGGCGAGCGCGUCAAGCUGCCGGGCAUGGCGUUCGACAAGCCGAAUGUUUACGAGUUCGGCACCAGCUACGAGGACAUCUACCGCGACCUGGAGGCCAAGGACAAGGAGUUCUACACACAGAACGGCCUGCUGCACAUGCUCGACCGCAAUAGGCGCAUCAAGAAGUGCCCGGAACGCUUCCAGGAGACGAAAGAGCAGUUUGACAUCAUCGUUACCGUGGAGGAGCGCGUCUACGACCUGGUGGUGCUGCACAUGGAGUCUAUGGAGUCCGUGGACAACCGACCCGUGCACGUUCUCAACGUAGAUGUGGUGGACAACGCAGAGGAUGCGCUUAUGGGUGCCUUUCUCAUCACAGACAUGAUCAACUUGAUGGCCAAGUCCACAGACCUGGACAAUGACAUCGAUGAAAUGAUCCAGGAGUUCGAGGAGCGCCGCAACCGGGUAAUCCUGCACUCAGUGCUCUUCUACUGACGACCGACGUCUGCCAGCAGCUCGUGUCCAUCUCCAGCACCAACACCAGCAUCAGAAUCCCGUAGCCUCCCUGCGCUCCAGCCGAGUCAGUUGAUCUCGUCCCCUAGGUGCUGGGAUCGCAGAGCAGACGUUGGGCAAUGGACGCAGGGCGCGCGGAUCCCGGGUCCCGGAUUGGGAGCCUAGCAUAUAAGACUAUUGUAAAUAGAGAGGGGCCAUCGCUGCAGCGAAAGCACAUCCAACAACCAGCACACAUACACACACCACCCUCACACAAAAUGCAUGCGUGCACAUCCACACUGGUAUCCACAUCCAAACACCUGAUUCGUAAUCCACGCCACACCUGCAAGCAACCUGGUUCAUGUAUUUGUAAUUAACACACAAUCAACACACAACACGGCGGCCCCAAAUCCCUUCGUAUAUUGUAGUAGUAUCCGUACGUGUCCGUAUUCCUUGUAGUUCCAGCCGUAGAGCCGCCUUAAUGUUCUGCCCGUCGACUGGGGGUCUUAUCACAGGCUCUCGCUUUCCCCAGCUGGCAACGGCGGCCGACCAUUUGACUCCGACCCGUUCUCCCGCUCUCUUCGCCCGACUCCGAGUCGGAGUCCGAUUCGGACUCGGAUUCGAUUCAUAUAAACUGAAAACUCGCAUCGUGCUUGUGUGAAUGAGCAUGCACGCCAGAGAGCCGAUCAGGGGCGGAUCGGGCUGGGCCUUCGCGGGCAGGGGCCUCGUUUUUAAUCUUGCAUAGUUUUAACAAUUGUUCAGACAGGGCUGAUCCGACCGCCAGCCAUUCCCUUAGCUCUGCUCGGCAUCCGACCACCGGGCGGAGGCCCGGGUUGUGCAUUCUAGGCUCGCAGUGGGCGCUAACUUACAAUACUAAAUAAAUACCAAGGGAGUUAACUACUUGGAUUGUGUUCACUAAGCAUUGGAAUAAAAUCGCACGCCAAUUGAGGUGGGUUUCUGUUGACGUUUGCUAAUUUUCACUGACCAAAUUUGUCGUGCAUCUAGGUAGGAUUAGAAAUUGUAUAGGGUGUUUAGUAAUGGGCCUAUUGAAAAAUCAUAAUUCUGGCAUAAUUGCAUCAUCUAACACAUCAACGAUCCAAAUUUUUGUAUUUUAUAAUGUAAACAUUCUGGUUUUGGCCCAUCUUUUUUUUUCAGAUUAAACCAUUUUAUUUCCAUGUUGUACUAUGA